CGUAGGCCGACGUGAGCUUCAACUAAAUUCGUCAAAGUAACAGCUAAACAGUCAAUUCCAUUGCCAGCUUGUUCGACAAGCAUCUCAUAUAAUUUGCUCGGUCGAUAUAUCUGUACGUGCUCCAGUACACUCGACACAGAUAUAAUGUCUUCCGAAAAGCAAUAUGAAGACCAGCCUCCGCCCUACCCAGAUGGUUCCCAGCCCGGGCCCAUGCAGCCUCAGAGCCUCAUGCCGCCCGGCCCGGUGCCCGCACCCCAAGCCGCACCCGCCCAUCAAGUCAACGUCAUGCCCGGCCCCGUCUGCGUUCAGUCAACAGUGUGCUACGGUGAAUAUUCUAUGGCUAUUCAGUGCCCGCAUUGUCACAAUACCGUCAACACUAGGAUCACACACCAGACGGGCCUGCUGACCUGGCUUGUCGCUGGUGGUAUCUUCCUUGUCGGGGGCUUCCUCGGCUGUUGCCUGAUCCCAUUCUGCGUGGAUUUCUGCUUGGACGUGGUCCACAGCUGCCCCAACUGCAACCAACAACUGGGCGUGUACCAACGUCUGCAUUAAACGCGCGCGUCACGCGCUCGGCAACCAAUCAUAACCACGGAAGGACGGCGUCAAGAACUUUUGUCGCAUCAGGACUGACCAAUCAGCACGACUUAUUAACAUAACCCAAACGAUGCGAGUAAACUAAUUUCGAUGCAAGCAAAUAACUUUAAGCGCAAGAACACGGAACAGAUUUUCCAAAAAGUCCCUUUUAAACAUCACAUAUUAUACCUUAAGAAAUGCACUUUAUACUUAAAAUUUAAUUUUAAAAGGAUUAUGUAGAGAGAGCAAUGUGAAAAUGUGGCAUGGUAUUGUGGCAAUUAAAACUUUUGUACCAUUUUGACUUCAUUUUUGUAGAUCCACUUGAACCGUUGUAUAUAGCAAUAUUAAUUUCUUGGUUUUCGUGUAAUAAUUACCGAAACCGAAUGCCAAAACCAGAAACUGAAAUAGACUUACGCUUUCAUUAUUUUGCACACAAUUUUAUUUCUUGGCUUUUCGAAUGCAAUCAAUGAAAAACAAUAAUCAAUUGUAUUAUUCAGUGAGUGAAAAGCAUUGUGAAGUGAGGACAUAUUUAUGAUUUAAAAAUGUAUACACUCCAUGUUUAUUGUCAAACAAAAUCCUCCCGUAUACGUUUUGACCCCAAUACAUUUUUCAUUGUUUCUUGUAAUUUUGUCAAUAAA